AUGUCUUUGCCCGUUGGAAACACAAAUGGCAAGUUUCAGCAGGUCACGAAGAACCUGAAGGAAAUCACUGCCCAUCCCAUUGAUCCCACACAGGUUCGGAUUGAGAAUCUUAUCGGUUGUGUGAAGGUGCCCGUGGGUUUGGCUGGACCUCUUUGUUGUCGGGGUUGUAAGGCUUUCAACCGUAGUGGGGGGAUUCACAUUGUCGCUCUCCGUGAUGCCAUGUCCAAAGUUCCCGCUUUCAUAUUUGACUCGCCAGCCAACGCUCUGGCCUUCGCUCAAAAGGUGCCGACCCUUCAGGGCGAGUUAAAGCGGCUUGCCGAAUCUACUAGUCGCCGAAUCCAGCUUCUGUCCGUAACUCCGACCGUAGUUGGCUCUGCAACGCAUGUGCAUUUCAAUUACAACUGUGGCGACGCUACCGGUCAGAAUAUGGCCACCAUCGCAACUCAUCGAGCCUGCCACGAGCUGCUUCUGGACACCCCUCUCUGUGAGGAUCUGAAGAUUCGGGGCUUUCAGUUCGAAGCAGGAAUGUCCGGGGAAAAGAAAGCCGGCUGGUCACAUGUGCAGGAACCACGCGGCGUCGAGGCCAUGGCAUGGGGGAUGAUCAGCAACGAGGUGGCCGAGGAGGUGCUAGGAUGCUCGACCGAGUCCAUCUACCAGGCUCUGAACCGUGCUCAGGCUGGGGCCGUGCGAGCAGGCGAAUUCGGUUAUGCAGCCAAUGCAAUGAACAUCGCGACUGCUAUCUUCAUCGCUACGGGGCAGGACGUUACCAGCAUCGCCGAAUCAUGCUGGAGCCAGCUCACCCCAGAAUACAACUAUGAGACCAGAGUUCUGACGGUGUCACUAUAUAUUCCGUCCCUUCCGGUGGGAGUAGUUGGUGGAGGCACACACCUGGGUCCUCAGCGUGAGGCGCUUGAAAUUAUGAAGUGCAGUGGACCCGGGAAGAAGCGUCGCCUUGCUGCACUGAUCACUGCAUUUGCGUUGGCAUUGGACCCUAGCACCACAGGGGCUGUAGCUAACGAUACAUUGUCUGAAGCUCCUGCAAGGCUUCGCAGGAAGCCUGCUGAUGCCUCUGCAAAGAUUUAG